GACAGGGACAAAGCCAAGAGCCCAAGAGGCAGGCAUCACGGUUCCGGACAGACGCGUCCACACAUGUGCAGUCGCUGUACCAUCGCCCACGAUUAGGCGCGACCAAAAAUUAGAUUUUGCCUUGCUCCUCUCACUCUCAUAGCCUCACCGAGAGGCCAGCCACGGCACUCGCCGUCUACUUCAAUCCACCACUGUGUCUGUAGAGAUUCAGAGACCAUGCUGCCUCCCGAUCGAGCCAUGCCGCUCCUUCUCCUGCUCCUCUUCCUCGGCCUCGGCCCGGCGGCGGCGGCGGACGAGCAGUUCGUCUUCGACGGCUUCACCGGCGCGAACCUCACCAUGGACGGCAUGGCCACGGUGACCCCCAACGGGCUGCUCCAGCUGAGCAACGCCACCAGCCAGCUCAAGGGCCACGCCUUCUUCCCGACGCCGCUGCAGUUCCACCGGGCGCCCAACAGCACGGCCAUGCAGUCCUUCUCCACGGCCUUCGUCAUCGGCAUCAUCGGCGCCUACGACACGCUCAGCAGCCACGGCAUGGCCUUCGUCGUCGCCAAGAGCCGCAACUUCACCUCCGCGCUGCCGGGCCAGUUCCUGGGGCUCGUCGGCUCCGCCAACAACGGCAACGCCACCAACCACCUCUUCGCCGUCGAGUUCGACACCAUCCUCAACUCCGAGUUCAACGACAUGAGCGGCAACCACGUCGGCAUCGACGUCAACGGCCUCAACUCCAUCGACGCCGACAACGCCGGCUACUACGACGACGCCACCGGCGCGUUCAGGAACAUCAGCCUGGUCGACCGCAAGCCGAUGCAGGUGUGGGUGGACUUCGACGGCCAGGCCAUGCAGGUCAACGUCACCAUGGCGCCCCUGCAGGUGGCCCGGCCCAAGAAGCCCCUGCUCUCCGCCACCGUCAACCUCUCCUCCGUCAUCGACGACACUGCCUACGUCGGGUUCUCCUCGUCCAGCGGCAUCCUCUUCUGCCGCCACUACGUGCUCGGGUGGAGCUUCAAGAUGAACGGCGCCGCCCCGGCGCUUAACAUCUCGUCGCUGCCGUCGAUGCCGGUCACUUUCCCCAAGCCGCGGUCCAAGGUUCUGGAGAUCGUGCUCCCGAUCGCGUCCGCGCUGCUCGUCUUCGCGGUGGCCGCCGCCGUCUUCGUGUACAUGCGGAGGCGGCGCAUGUUCGGGGAGCUCAAGGAGGACUGGGAGGUCACCUUCGGGCCGCACAGGUUCUCGUACAAAGACCUCUACCACGCCACCGACGGGUUCAGCGACGAGCGGCUGCUGGGCAUCGGCGGGUUCGGGAGGGUGUACCGCGGCUCGCUCCCCAAGUCCAAGUCGGCGGAGAUCGCGGUGAAGAAGGUGUCGCACGGGUCGAGGCAGGGGAUGAGGGAGUUCGUGGCGGAGGUGGUGACCAUCGGCCGGCUCCGGCACCGCAACCUGGUGCAGCUGCUGGGCUACUGCCGGCGCAAGGGCGAGCUGCUGCUGGUGUACGACUACAUGCCCAACGGCAGCCUGGACAAGCACCUGUACGACGAGAAGAAGGCGGCGGCGGCGGGCCUGGGCUGGGGGCAGAGGUUCCGUAUCAUCAAGGGCGUCGCCUCCGGGCUGCUGUACCUCCACGAGGACUGGGAGCAGGUGGUGGUGCACCGGGACAUCAAGGCCAGCAACGUGCUGCUGGACGCCGACAUGAACGGCCGGCUGGGCGACUUCGGGCUGGCGCGGCUCUACGACCACGGCACGGACCCGCACACGACGCACGUGGUGGGCACCAUGGGGUACCUGGCGCCGGAGCUGGGGCACACGGGGAAGGCCUCCAAGGCGUCCGACGUGUUCGCGUUCGGGGCCUUCAUGCUGGAGGUGGCGUGCGGGCGGAAGCCGGUGGUGCAGGACGCGCGCGACAACCACCUGGUGCUGGUGGACUGGGUGCUCGACCAGUGGCGCGCCGGGACGGUCACCGGCGCCGUCGACCCGCGCCUGAGCGGCGACGUCGUGGAGCACGAGGCGAGCCUGGUGCUGAGGCUGGGCCUGCUGUGCUCGCACCCGCUGCCCGGCGCGCGCCCGACCACGCGGCAGGUGGCGCAGUACCUGGACGGCGACCUCAAGCUGCCGGAGCUGUCGCCCACGUACCAGAGCUUCAACAUGCUGGCGCUCAUGCAGGACCAGGGCUUCGACCCCUACGUCAUGUCCUACCCGAUGACCUCCAUCACCGCCGGCACCAUGUCCCAGAUGUCCGACCUCUCCGGAGGGAGGUGAUCCGCGGUCGUCGGCGUGUCACUAGAACUGCUGUCUGCUAGGCAUCUUCAUAUUUUGUGUAUGUUCAGAACCGGGUGAGUUUCUUUGUCUGGUACAUGGAUCGAUAACCUGAAUGUAAAGUGUUGUGCAAUCAUGCUCAGCAUGGUUUUAUGUUCAGAUGAAAUUACCGACCAAAAAAAGUGAGAUUUGGGUGUUUGAUCACCCACCCCAGUUUUAUCAACUAAUGUAGUGCUAGGAGUUUCUGAAUGUAAACCAUGAAUCCAUGAUGCUGAUCCUCUCCAAAUCCGAAUAUUUCAUUU